CACAACCUAAGUUAGCUGAACAACUCCGCCGUCGCGUCUACGACGUACAUUGGAAAUUACAACGUCGAUCACGCGCAUAAUCUGUAGGAGCACUCGCGAUCACGAUGUAUCACCUCGCCAAAGGCAUUUACCUCUAUGCGACCAGCAAAGAAGAAUACUCUGUAAUUCUUCUGGGUCUUGACAAUGCCGGCAAAACCACCUUUCACGAACAAGUCAAGUCCAUGUUCCUACCAAAUAGACCCGACCCGAAGCUCAAGACAGUACCCACCGUAGGCCAGAACGUUUCGACGAUACCCCUACAAGACAUGUACCUCAAGCUUUGGGACGUAGGCGGUCAGCACUCGCUCCGAAAGCUCUGGGAGAGUUACUAUGCAAGCUGCCAUGCUAUAGUCUUCAUCAUCGACAGCACAGAUAUUGGCGACGGAAACAUUGAGCAUGACGAGAACGUUGGCAGACUGGAGGAGUGUCGGCUAGUCCUCGAGGACGUCCUACAACACUCUGAAACUGAAGGGGUACCACUUCUAAUUCUAGCAAACAAACAGGAUCGCGAGGAUUGCGUCGAGACAAUACGCAUCAAGGAGGGUCUAGUAAAGAAGGUUAUGGAGGGAGACAAGGGCUCCGCUGUCCGCGACUCUCGUGUGCUGGCCAUGAGUGCUCUUACUGGCGACGGGGUCCGAGAAGCUAUCGAGUGGGUAAGGACAAGAGUACAAUGGAACAAAGAGUCUCGACCGCCUGUGAUGCGGUAGUUUCUAACAUGAGUGGCCUUUAUGUGCGACCACUAGAGCUUAUGAGCUACGACAGUACCUGGGUUGGCGUAUGUAUCGGAGUUUGUAUGGAGCAUCAGUAAAUCACUGC